GACUCGGCAUAACACGUGCAAGGAGAAAUGUUGAGGGUUAGCUCUCGUUCCGCCGUCGUUCGUUCCCUGCUGUCAGGGAUCCGCCGUCAGAGCACUAAAGAUGCAACUGUGGAAGAUUGGACCAUCAACCCUCUGGAGUUGGGAGAGGAGAAUGUAUCUCACAUGUACUGUGUUCCCAGUGGAGACGUAAAGACAGUGUUCCCCACUAGCCUCCCUAGCCAGUUCUCAACUCAGGUCUCACGUCUCACUGACAGUUCUUGCUAUAGCUAGCAGGGUCUUCUCUACUGCAGACCACCAGUAUUGGUGAAAUGUGCUGGAUCCUCCGGAGACAGAGCUACCAGAUGAUGCAGGAGCUGAAAAGCUUUGACGCAACUCAACCACACAAUUUCCGAUACCUGCUCUAUGGAGCUGAUGGUUCAGGCAAGACAAUCUGCCUGCACCAGGUCCUACACUACUGCGUCAAGGCUGGUUGGCUUGUGGUUUUUGUUCCUGGAGGUCUCUAUUAUAUAUAUAUACUGUGUGGACCCCUCAUUUCAUCCCAUUCACUCAUCCCUUUAGUUUUCUCCUGGACCCAUUCUGACAGGGAACUGAGACCCUCCACUCGUGUGCCUGGAACAUUUGACCAGCCGGACACUGCCACUGCUUGGCUCAAGGCCUUCAGAACACUGAACUCCCAUUUCACUUCUCAGGUCCAGCUGUCCAGAGACUGGCAGUGGGGUAAAAAAGACCAUAGUUUAGCUGGAGAAGAGAUGAACAAAGUCAUCGACAUGGGUUUGCUGAAACCAGCACUAGCUACUGAUGUGGUUGUUGCUCUGCUAGAGGAGCUGGUCUUAUCCAGCGGCAGGUUCAACAUAAUGUUGGCAGUGGAUGAGUUCAAUGGCAGUUUCAGUCCUACCACUCUCAGAAACCAGCAGAAAGAAUGGGUGGGUCCUGAGCAGCUCAAUCUCAUCAGGUGUCUUCUGCAGCACAUUCCUCAGUUCCCAGGAGCUGUGUUAUUGUCUCUGUCACGAUCUCGGAUGCUGCGUUGCUCGGCGCCUGGCUGGACACCAGAUCAUCUACUGAACGGAGGAACGGUCCCCAACGAGAGGAAAUUGGAGUCCCGAGCCAUUCUGGACUCUUGCAGAGCUGUGGAAAUUCCUCCUUACACCAGACAGGAGAUGGAGAGGUGUCUCGACUACUAUUCCCAGAGAAGAUGGAUUACUACUGACGUGAGCCAGGCUGUACUGAAUGAACUGUGGCACCUCACAUCUGGAUGUCCAAAAACUCUACAAAGAAUGUGUGCCAGUCUCUAAUGUUGUAUAUUAUUAUACAU